ACAGUGAAGGUAGAGCCUCGUACGAAGACGACGUCGAUAACCUUCGCCAACGGCAAAACAAGAAAAAAAGACAAAAUAUUUAAAACAAAAAUAAUAAAUACCGAUCCUCGUCGAUCGAGCGUCAGUUGCGUUCGCCAUUCGGAGCAGCGUUGAUCGUGAGUUUCAAAAUGGCGCGAAUCGUACUGGUGGUGGCGGCGACGAUCCUGGUCUGCGGCGGGUUCGCCAACGCGGGAUUCUUGGACUGGUUCCGCAGCAGUGCCAACAAGGGUCACAGCGUGUGCCGGGUCGAGUUCGAAGUGCUACAUCCCAAAGGGCUGCGCGUUUGGACGGCCCGCAAGCCGGACACGAAGGGAUUCGGCGUGGAGUUGUACAUCAACCCGACGGGGACGGAACGGUCCGCGGCCGGAGUGGUUUGUAACGUGUGCCGGAACACGACCGAGGUCACCCACGGCAAGUUCUUCAUCCAGGAUGACACCGUGAUCGUGAAGAAGGGCGACGUGCUGGAGUAUGUCGCGAUCACCGAUAACGGCAAAACGGUUCAGCGACACAAGCCGAGGAAGAUUGUUGUUAGUGAAUACAUCAUCAAGCCGCAAGGCCGCUGUGCAUGUACGGGAACUCCAACCCAGACGUCCAUCGUCCACGAUCCCGCAAAUCCCACCGCUGAAAUUGAACUCCUCGAGCGCAUCAUAACGAACCUCUCCAACAGGUGUGCCGAAGGAAUCGUCUCCAACUAUCUGUUCCUGCAGGUGGAAACCCCAACCGGGCCGAGUGAUCUUCUGGAGCGUGUUAAGGCCUACUUCGCCGGAAAUCCGGCUCUUAAGCCGUACGCCGCUGCUGUUACUACGGCGGAGGACUACGCCGACGGGAUCGCUUUCCAGGUCAAGUCGAUCGUCGACAAGUUGAAGAUUCUGGAGUUGAGUCACACCGGAAGUGAUAUUUUGGAUUAUGAUGGGUUUACCACGGUCGAUAAGUUGGACGUUAGGUUCUCGGAGACUUCUUGAGGUGAUUU